AUGAAGCCUAUUUGUCUCGGUGUUUUAUACCUGCUUCUAGCUGCAGCUUGUGCUGCUGAUGUAGAGGAAGAUGAAAAUGCAGUCGAGGCUGAGCUUGAAGAUGACCCCGAGCUGAGUCCGAUCGCGGUCUUUCAAUUUGACGACGAAACGCAUGCACUGGGCACCUUUCCAAUGAACUGGUACCAAGCUGAACUAAUGUGCGCCGCUCAAGGCUACUCCUUAGUUAGUAUAAAUUCGGAAGAGGAUUUUGCAGCAAUACGGAAAUUUGUCACCACUACGGCUAAAGGAUUUUUGUCACAACUCAAGCAACCAGUGUGGACAUCGGGAACAAAUCAAGCCUACACUUCAAUAUAUACUUGGCAUGACACUGGCGCCUUUGUAGCCUAUGACAAUUUCGAAACAAAUCCACCAUCCAGUGGCGCUCGUUGCAUUGGAGUACAUCCACUUAAUGGCGUCUGGACUACGCAUAGCUGUUCUGAACAGCGUUAUUUCAUUUGCAAAAAGCGUGCGUGCUAAGCUCUUUUAUGUCAACGUAUUCUACGCUAUAUAUGCACAUAGAUAAAUUAAAAUAAAUGCUUAUAGUUGCAA